AAGAAGCGCAAACUUGGCCAAACCAACUUAAUUUAGAAAACUUAUAGCUUCUUUUAGUCACCCCCGCCAUAUUAUCCAUUUAUCCCACAGAAAGCUUCACCAAAUGGCGUCAAAAUUUUGCUUGAAGGCCCUCGCACUCAUUGCUCUUGCCCUUUGCGUCCAAGGCACCCUUGGAGGAAUAACGUGUGAGAAGCUAGACCAAGACACCUGCGCGUUCGCGGUGUCGUCGUCGGGGAAACGGUGCGUUUUGGAGAAGCAUGUGAAGAGGAGUGGGAAAGAAGCCUACACAUGCCGUGCGUCGGACAUCGAGGCGGACAAACUGAAGGACGUGAUUGAGAGCGACGAGUGUAUCAAAGCAUGUGGACUUGACCGCAGAACUCUUGGAAUCUCAUCCGACUCUCUCCUUGAGUCUCGCUUCACACGACAGCUUUGCUCCCCAAACUGCUACGAUGCUUGCCACAACGUUGUUGACCUUUACUUCAAUCUCGCCGCCGGUGAAGGUGUGUUUCUUCCGAAACUAUGUGAAGCGCAAGCCGGAAAUGUUCGCCGAGAGAUGGCUGAGCUCCGAAGCUCCGGUUUUGUUGUUGCACCGGGGCCACUUCACCCUGCUAAGCUUGAAGUUGCACCAGCUAUUAGCCCAGCUUUUCCACCUUUCUGAUUUUUUUUUUUAAUUCAGUAAUAAUAUACUAUGAUAAGAAGGAGUUAGUAAAAUAUAUCAAUAGGUAUGAUGGAGUUGCGCCGAGGUUUUAGUGAUCACUAGGGUUUAGUAGCCGGACUUGAGUAUUCACCAUCCUUUUUGGAUGUUAUAAUAUUCAUGUCAUGUGCGAGUGAUGAGUUUGUUAUUGUGGACUGGUGUGAUUUUGUACUACAAUGCUUUCAAAUAAUAUGUAUAAUCUUGUAUUCUUACAUAUAUAUUAUAUAGUGGAUUUUAUGAAUCAAAUAAAAAAAUAGGGUUC